AUGAGCAUCAUAGACAAUCUAAAGGAGCAUAUCAACCAUAGCCUCGUUUUUCGUAUCAUCAACAUCAUUGUCGCCUGCUUUAUGGUGAUAGGUGGUGUAUGUGUAAUUUUGACCGGAGGAUUCCCACAAUUUAUUCGAGGCAUUUACUGCAUUGUCUUUGGUGUCAUGGUGUUUGUAUUUGAAUUCCGGUUACCAUCCAUCAUUACCCAGCAUGUAUCAUACAUGUUCUCAUUCUUGGGACGUGGACUAUUCUACAUCUUCAUUGGAUGCAUUAUUCUCAACUAUAUUCCGCUGGCCAUUGCUUCGGGUGUCAUUGUGGCUGUAUGCGGUGUCGCUUUUUGCAUCCUACAAUUUGUACCUGGUGUGGAGCCUCCAAGCAAUAUGAAACGCCAAGCAUUGGACGAUUCUAUGGAUAGUCAUGCGGGUGGAGGACGAGCGGCUCAAUGGGCCGAACAAAACUACGAUAAUACAGCCAAUGUUGAGCAUGGAACCAAUAGUGUAGUCUAG